GCAGACGAUACAAGAUAGCUCAGCGCCUGUAAGACACUGCGCUGCAGCGAAACAGUGUUCGAAAAAGAAGCAUCAUCAGUUGUGGAGAGAAAUUGAGACUAUUCGGCCCGAGGUGUCCCGAAAAUAAGCAAGAUGCCCCGUGUAAUGAUAAAAGGAGGUGUAUGGAGAAACACCGAAGAUGAAAUACUCAAAGCCGCUGUCAUGAAAUAUGGCAAAAAUCAAUGGUCACGAAUUGCCAGUCUUCUUCACCGGAAAUCAGCAAAGCAGUGCAAAGCUCGAUGGUACGAAUGGUUAGAUCCAUCGAUAAAGAAAACAGAAUGGACACGUGACGAAGAAGAGAAAUUACUUCAUUUGGCUAAAUUGAUGCCAAUGCAAUGGCGAACCAUUGCGCCAGUUAUUGGUCGUACAGCAGCGCAGUGCAUUGAGCACUAUGAACUACUACUAGAUCAGGCACAGCGUAAAGAGGAAGGGGGAGAAACCUUGGACGAUUCACGAAAACUACGUCCGGGAGAAAUAGACCCCAACCCUGAAACUAAACCAGCGCGUCCCGAUCCAAAAGAUAUGGACGAAGAUGAACUUGAAAUGCUCUCGGAAGCUCGAGCUCGUCUGGCGAACACUCAAGGUAAAAAAGCAAAAAGAAAGGCGCGAGAGAAGCAACUUGAGGAAGCCAAGCGGCUGGCCAACUUACAGAAGCGAAGAGAACUGAGGAUGGCUGGCAUCGAGCUGCAAAAGAAGACAAAAAGAAAAAAGUACAUGAUUGAUUACAAUGCUGAAAUACCGUUCGAGAAGAAACCUGCGGCCGGAUUCUACGACACUUCACAAGAAUCAUAUGAUCCAAUGGAUGCAGAUUUUGAUCGGUUGCGUCAACAAGAUCUCGAUGGACAGUUAAGAGUAGAACGAGAAGAAAAGGAACGUAAGAAAGACUUACAAAAACUUAAGCAUCGCAAAGAAAACGACAUUCCGAGUAUAGUUCAGGAGCCCUUAAAGAAACGCACGAAGUUGGUCCUUCCUGAGCCGCAGGUGUCAGAAAGUGACUUAGAACAACUUGUCAAGAUAGGGAAGGCAAACCAGACAGCUAGGGAAAGCGCGGAUGGGGGUGAUAGAGCUUCUGAAACUCUCUUGGCUGACUAUGAUGUCACCGCUACACCAAGUGGAGCCAUGUCAAUGCGCACGCCUCGGCAAGCAGCCACUUCUCGUGAGAGCAUUCUCACAGAAGCGCAGAACCUCAUGGCGUUGCAAAAUACAGAGACGCCACUUAAAGGUGGUCUUAAUACUCCGUUGCAUGAGAGUCAGCUAGCAAUCACAGGAACGCAGAUCAAGGCAACACCCAAUCAAAUCCUUACUCCAUUCCAAAGCGGGUCAACCCCACGGGUUGGGCCACCCGUAGAUGGUAAGACAGCAGCUGAGACGCCAACUCCACUACAUGAUAAAUUGAACAUCAAUCGCUCAGGAGAGAUUGUGGCCGCAGAUCCAUUAGCCGCGUUGUCGAAACUUCCCGCUCCAAAGAAUAAUUAUGAGCUGAUCGUGCCAGAAGAAUACGAGAUUGCAGAAGCGUCCAAGGAAGCAGAGAGUUCUCAUAUGGUUGUUGAUCAGGAAGAACUGGAUGCGUUACGUGAAAAGGAGCGCCAGGAAAAAACUGAGCGAGAGUGGAAGAACGAGUCGCAGGCCAUCCAAAGAUUUUUACCUCGACCCUUCGAGAUUAACGCUCAGAUCAUGCGGCCGCCGCCUCAAGCUGACGAUGCACCACUGACUGAAAUGCAACGCGCCGAAGAGCUAAUUAAGCAGGAAAUGUUAAUCAUGCUGCAUCGAGACUUCUUGCGACAUGUGCCCCCUCGGAAUCCUACGGCUCCAGCCAAGAAAAAGGACCCCGCUGCUGAACAAGGUCGUUGCAUGGCUUAUCUCGAAAAGCAUUCGUUUCGCGGAGUAUCUGAUGAUGAGCUUAAACAAGCAAGGAAGAUGGUAGCGCAUGAAAUGGAAUUCGUAGGUAAAGCAAUGGGCCACGGAAACAUCCCUGAUGACGUGUUUGCCCAGGUGUGGCAAGAAUGUCUGGCGCAAGUUCUGUAUUUACCUUCUCAGAACCGUUAUACGAGAGCCAAUCUAUGUUCUAAAAAAGACCGUAUCGAAAGUCUCGAAAAACGACUGGAAACCAAUCGAAAUCAUAUGGCUAGAGAGGCAAAAAAAGCUGGGAAAAUGGAAAAAAAACUUCGUGUCCUACUUGGAGGUUACUACUCGCGAUCGCAGGCGCUCGUCAAACAGCUGCAAGAUUUGCAGGACCAACUGGAGCAGGCCGAAUGCGAGAAGGAAACUUUUGAAAGAUUAGCUAAACACGAGCGUGUUGCGAUCCAGAGACGACUGGAAAGAUUAGAAGACGAUGUCCAUAGGCAAAAAGAAAGAGAAGCGGAACUACAGGACAGAUAUAGAAAUCUUGUUGAAGUAAAAGAAGAAUUUCUAAAAAAAAAAAGUUUCACCCAUUAAGCGCCGCAGUGUUGCGAAUUUAACGUGGAAUUUACUUCCUCAUUUAAUUGUAUCAACAUAAUAAAUGGUUUGACUAAGAAUUGUACAUACUGUACUAAAACCACUUGUCAUUAAUGCAGUCUUUAUUUUAAUAUCGUAGCAUGAACACAUUUUACCGACCCAACGAUGUUGUUGGAAUAGUUAGAGGAGGGAAAAGGGUUGUUGGAAUAGUAAAAAAAACUAGUCAACGUUUAAUGGAGUGGUUUAAUGGCUAAGAAAGAUCUCGGUAUGCUGUUCAUUAUAUAGUUUUUAGGAUAACCCAAAUCUAGCGCUUAAGGUAUUACUUUAGACUGAAUUUCUCAUACAAGAGACCGACACUGAGCAAGUGUUACCUUAGUUGAGCCGGGAUUCUCAAGGAUUGUAAUAUAGUUGUUCUGGGUUUGCCUAGAAUGUUAGAAAAUAUUAGUAAUAGGAAUUUUUUCUUCCAUAGGAGGUUCCUGACGAUUUUCGAUUGGCAAGUUCAUAUUUCAUUUAUCUUCAUUAGUUCAUUCUCUAUUGUAUAUUUUGGUGUUAAAAAAGGUUUGUGAAAAUUCAGCGCUAUAUGGAAUCUUUUAUAGUUAGCGGUCGUCAGUGCACCCGCACUUUAGUGCGAUUUGUUUACGAAUAACUUCUUCAUAUAUUGCGUUGUUCAGCAUGCUACGUGACACAGUGAGCUCCAGCUUCUGUACUUAUUAUUUUCAAUCAAUGUUUGCACCAUUAUUAUCUGUGAUUUUCUCUCAUUUGGAUAGUACCUUAUUUUAUUGCUGUAAAAGUCUGGCGUACGAUAGUCUAUUAAGUCUCGAAAGCAAUUCUAACUUGGUAACAUUCGAAAAAUUUUCUUGCCAACCACUUGAGAUCUUGAAAAUGGUAAUCUAUGAUAGCAAAAAAUUAUUAUAUAUGCCGUGUAUGGUCACAAGAGAAAGCUUGCAAAUGCUACUUUUGCAUUUUUUAUUUUAUUAUGGUUCUUGUGAUGCAAUGUGUAGCGCUGUACUGUGAUAAGAGAGAUUUACCCUUGUUUUCUAGUUUUGACUGCUUAAUAUGAAGCGCGUUCAUCAUCUCUUCCAAUUGAUAGUAAUACACUUAAGCCAUAAUCGACACACAAAUAUUUACAAAAGCAGUAAUUACGUUAGCAGACAGGUAUCAUAAACUUCUGCUGCUGUGCAUAGGGUGACAUUGCAGCGCUGAAGUUAUAUCCACUCAUUGAUCCGACCGAUUACGAUUAUUGUAUGGAAUCCAUUCAUUACAAAUCCCAAUUCAGUGCAAGAAUGGGUCAGUGUUGUAACGUAAAAAAAAAAAAA